GGUCUUCAAGGGUGACGGGGGAUUUUUCCGACUGCCAGUGAACACGGCUCGCCCGGUCACGUGAUGGAGAUCAGCUGACCAGAAUCAGCUCAUCGAAAGCGGAUAAAAACAUGAUGGAGGCUCUGGGCAGAAUAUCAGCAACAGAUUGUGUCAAACUGUGUCACAGAGUGGUGGAUGGGCUGUGUGGGCGGGAGCCUCCAUGCAGGAGUGAUUACAGCGCCACCUGGAGCCUGGAGGAGUGGCUGCAGCUCCUGGACUUCCUGACUGGCCUGUUCAGCCUGGCAGUGGGAAGCAACGUCCCAGAUGAAGAGGUUCUGGCUAAGCUGUCUGAUGUAGACCACAGCCAUGCCGAGGCAGUACGGAGCGUGCUCAGAGCGCGACAGGAGGAGAUCCGCCGGGCUCUGCUGACCAGAACCAACAGCAUCUCCUCUGCAAUCCUGCAGGACUUUGACUGGCAGCUGAAGCUGGCUCUGUCCAGCGAUAAGAUCUCGUCUCUGAACACGCCACUGCUCAGCCUCGGUCUGGAUGUGAGGGAGAACGGAGCGCUUCGGCCCAUCACCAUGGAGCUGAACAGAGAGGAACUGAGCACGCUCGUCAGCUCACUAGAGGCUGCUAACAAGGUGGUGCUGCAGCUGAAAUGAUGUGCUGCUGAUUCAAUUAGAUGCUGUUGUUUCUGAUGUAAAAAUAAGUUUGUGUAUGUUUUUUGUGAUGCAUUUUGGCUCUAUAAUAAAAUCCAUGUUUUCCUUUCUGA